UUUAUCCUUUUAUCUAUUUAUAAAAAUAUAAAACUUAACCCACAAAAAAUCAUAGAUUAAAAUUUUCUGUUUAAUUGUUUGUGUCCAUUUGUUGGAAGAAAAAAUGGCUAGGACUGUGGCUAGGAGUGUUGCAGCUCCAUUAUUGUUUCUAAACUUAAUUAUGUAUUUAAUUAUGUUGGGUUUUGCUAGUUGGUGUCUCAAUAAAUACAUCAAUGGCCAAACUAAUCAUCCUAGUUUUGGUGGAAAUGGAGCUACGAUGUUUUUUCUAGUAUUCGCGAUACUAGCGUCGAUUUUGGGAAUUAUAUCGAAGGUUUUGGGUGGAAAUCAUUUGAGGGUAUGGAGAAAUGAUAGUCUUGCUGCUGCUGGUUCCUCAGCUAUUGUUGCUUGGGCUGUCACUGCACUAGCUUUUGGGUUGGCAUGCAAGGAGAUCAAUAUAGGAGGGUGGAGAGGAUGGAGGCUUAGGGUUCUUGAAGGAUUCACUAUAGUUUUAGCAUUUACACAACUCAUGUAUGUUCUCAUGCUUCAUGCCGGAAUGUUCAGCAGCCGUUACGGUCCCGGUUAUCGAGAGCCGGAAUAUGGCUCCGGCGGAGUACCUCCGGCCGGAGAAAAGGGUGUAGGGGUACCAACAACAGCCGUAUAAUAAUAAUUAAGAGAUUUGGGAGUUUUGGUUUGUAAAUAUGUUAAUUGUGUGGGUCUUAUGUGGAAUGUUUAAAAUUAAGUUGUGUAUGUUUUGUAAGACUCGAUGAGAGUUUUUGGGUUUUUAUUAAAUUUUGGAAAUGAUUGUAGUUUGGUUGCCUUUUACGAGCUAUAGCUACACUUUCACUAUUAUCAUAA